AUGACAGGUGGCCAAGCGAAUGGCCGCGCUCGGAUCAAAUCAGAGUGCGGCAAAGAUCAGAAAUGUAUGCCGUUGGAAGACAAAUGGCUUCUAGUUCCGGCUUUUUUGAAGGUUCGAGGACUUGUCAAGCAGCAUCUAGUCAGCUUUGAUCAUUUUGUUAACAUAGAAAUACGUAACAUUAUGCAAUCGAACCAAAAAAUCACCUCUGAUGCUAAUCCAAACUUCUACCUGAAAUAUCUCGAUAUUAGAGUUGGAAACCCGAGUAGUGAAGAAGGUCUCAAUAUGACACAUGACAAGAUUACUCCCCAAGAAUGUCGUCUCCGAGAUAUGACUUAUUCUGCUCCAAUUUCUGUCGAUAUCGAGUACACUCGUGGAAAUCAACGAGUUUUCAAAAAAGAUCUCAUUAUUGGUCGUAUGCCAAUCAUGCUUCGUUCAAGCAAAUGCAUCCUCCGAGAUCUUGCUGAAGAAGAACUCGCACGAGUGCAAGAAUGUCCAUAUGAUCCAGGAGGUUAUUUUGUCGUCAAAGGAAGUGAGAAGGUUAUUCUGAUCCAAGAACAGUUGUCAAAGAAUCGAAUUAUGGUUGGAAGAAACUCGAGCAAAGAACUUCAGUGUGAAGUUUUGUCAUCUACAUCUGAGAGAAAAAGCAAAACAUACGUUACUAUGAAGAAAGGAAAAUACUCGGUUCGUCAUAAUCAGCUCACCGAUGAUGUUCCUGUUUCGAUUAUAUUCAAGGCUAUGGGUGUUGAAUCAGAUUACGAUAUUGUCAGCACGAUUGGACAUGAAGAGAAGUACGUUUCAGCGUUUGCACAAACUCUUGAAGAAUGUAUCAACGCUGGAGUGUACACUCAACAACAGGCUCUCGCAUACGUGACUUCCAAAGUAAAAGCACGCAAGUUUACCCCGUUUGGAUCGCUUCCAGGAACGUCUGUCAGUGUUUUGACUCCCCCGAAAGAACACGAAGCUGUUGAUUUCCUGUCGAACUCGAUGAUUACUCAUAUCGCCUGCCCAGAUGGUAAUUUCAAGAUGAAGGCGAUUUAUUUGGGAUUGAUGACAAGAAGAUUGAUUCAAACAGAACUUGGAGAGAAUGAAUUGGAUGACAGGGAUUUCUAUGGAAAUAAACGUCUAGAGUUGGCUGGAUCUUUGCUAGCACUUCUUUUCGAAGAUGUCUUCAAACGAUUCAAUUCGGAACUGAAAAGAAUAGCGGAUAAUGCUCUGAUGAAAACAAUGGCUGCUCCCUUGGAUAUUGUGAAGCACAUGCGACAAGAUAUGAUCACAAACACUAUAGUUAAUGCAAUGUCGACCGGAAACUGGAUUAUCAAAAGAUUCAGAAUGGAACGAUUAGGUGUCACUCAAGUUCUCAGUCGUCUGUCCUACAUCUCAGCUCUCGGUAUGAUGACAAGAAUCAACUCAACAUUCGAAAAGACACGAAAAGUUUCGGGACCUCGUUCGUUGCAACCGUCCCAGUGGGGAAUGUUAUGUCCGAGUGAUACUCCCGAAGGAGAGGCUUGCGGUCUUGUGAAAAAUCUUGCACUUAUCAGUCACAUCACCACUGAUUCAGAUGAGAAACCUGUAUUACGUCUACUUUUGAAUUCUGGAGUAGAAGAUCUUCACAAUGUUCAUUUCUCUCAUGUUAACAAACCAGAAAACACGUUGAUCUUCUUGAACGGAGUACUUAUUGGGACAGCUAUUGAUCCGGAGCGAGUAGUCAGAGCUGUUAGAGAUUUGAGAAGAAGCGGAUUGUUAUCGGAGUUCGUUUCCGUCUCCAGAUCUAUCACGAAUCGUUCCGUUUUCAUUUCCUCAGAUGGAGGUCGUCUCUGUCGUCCUUACAUUAUUGUCAAGAAUGGAAAGCCUAUGCUCACACAAGACCAUGUACAACAGCUGAAAGAGGGGAAGCGAAUUUUUGAGGAUUUUGUAGACGACGGAAUUGUUGAAUAUCUGGAUGUGAAUGAAAUGAAUGAUGCCUUGAUCGCUGUCUAUGAAAAAGAAAUAGGACCAGAGACUACGCAUUUGGAGAUUGAGCCAUUCACACUUCUCGGAGUUUGUGCUGGUCUCAUUCCAUACCCUCAUCAUAAUCAGUCUCCUCGUAACACCUAUCAAUGCGCUAUGGGUAAGCAAGCAAUGGGAACGAUUGCAUACAAUCAACAGAAAAGAAUUGACUCUAUUAUGUACUUGCUUUGUUAUCCACAAAGACCUCUUGUGAAGUCUAAGACUAUCGAGUUGACUAACUUUGAAAAACUUCCGGCCGGUGCCAAUGGUAUCAUUGCUGUAAUGUCGUACAGUGGAUACGAUAUUGAAGAUGCUCUUGUUCUCAAUAAAGCAUCCCUCGAUCGUGGAUAUGGUCGCUGUUUAGUGUACAAGCAUGUAAAAGGAACAGUCAGGAAGUACCCAAAUCAGACGUUCGACCGUCUCCUUGGACCUGCUCUCGAUCCAAACACUAGACUGCCGAUUUCCAAACACAAGAAUCUGGAUCAAGAAGGUAUCGUCUUCGCUGGAGCACGUAUUCUUCCGAAGCAAACUAUCAUCAACAAGCAUAUGCCUGUUGUUAGCGGAGAAAGUGGUCCGGGGCCUUGUGCAUCUGCCAAUACAAUUGGAAUUGCUGGUCGCCAAGUUGAUUACAAAGAUGUUUCAAUCAGUUACAAAACGCCUACACCAUCAUAUGCUGAAAGAGUUUUGCUCACGUAUAACGAAGACGAGGCCCAUCUUAUCAAAGUUUUACUCCGACAAACACGCCGUCCAGAGCUUGGAGACAAGUUUUCGUCUCGUCAUGGUCAGAAAGGAGUUUGUGGAUUGAUUGCUCAACAAGAAGAUAUGCCAUUCAAUGAUCUGGGAAUGGUGCCAGAUAUGAUCAUGAAUCCUCAUGGAUAUCCGUCUCGAAUGACAGUUGGUAAACUAAUGGAGUUGCUCUCUGGAAAAGCUGGAGUCAUGAAUGGAACAUAUCACUAUGGAACAGCUUUUGGAGGAGACCAAGUGAAAGAUGUGUGCGAAGAGUUGGCUGCGAGAGGGUACAACUACAUGGGAAAAGAUAUGUUGACCAGUGGAAUUACUGGCCAAUCACUUUCUGCUUACAUCUAUUUCGGACCCAUUUAUUAUCAAAAGCUGAAGCAUAUGGUUUUGGAUAAGAUGCAUGCUCGUGCUAGAGGACCAAGAGCAGCUUUGACACGUCAGCCAACAGAAGGAAGGUCCAGAGAAGGAGGUCUCCGUCUCGGAGAAAUGGAAAGAGAUUGCCUUAUUGCCUACGGAGCAUCGAUGUUGUUGAUUGAACGUCUCAUGGUGUCGUCCGAUGAGUUCAAGGUAAUAAGUCGAUCUUUCGCCCCUUUCACCCACAUCGCCGUUUAG